GGACAUGUGUGAGGACCUGUGUGGACUCGGUCUGGUCCAGUACAAACGCUGCCUGUACUACGAGAAUGGGAAGAAGGUGAUCGAGGCCCGAUGGAGAGGGAACCCUAUCAUCCUCAAGUCCAAGCUGGAAAACUUCUCGUCCUACGAGCCGCUGGGGAUCCUGGACUACCAGGUCGCAGCAGAGGACCUGUCGGCUCUGGACGUGGUCUUUUACGCCACCAUGGAGGUCCGAAACUCAUUGGGUCUGUCUGAGGACACUGAGGAUGAGGAGGGAGGAGCAACCAACGGAUCUCUGGCCAAACUGUGGGGCCAGAAGCUGAAGAUCAGAGAGAAGAGUUACUCCAGAGCAGAACUGGCCUCCCUGUGGUCCCUGCUGCAGCAAGAGGAGUACACCUUCCUCAGAGUCCUGCAGGACCUCAGCACACACGUGGCCCAGGUUCUGGGCUCCUGUGGUCACUUCUAUGCAGUGGAGUACCUGUCAGCUGGACACGCCUGGGACCAGAACAUCUUCUCCCUGGAUGAGGUGGCCGUUCCCAGGCUGCAGGACCAGGACCAAGCUGGGGUCCCAGAGAGAUGGACCACCAGGGAGAUGGUCCACCGCAUUGCCAUCAGCUUCCUUGACAUGGUGUGGCACUUUGACCACGACUUCACCCACAGGCUGCACCUCUGCGACAUCAAACCUGAGAACUUUGCCAUCAGGAAGGACCUGACG